AUGGAGACAUUCUUAGCUCUCGUGGCGGUCGGUUCCUGGAAAUAUUUGGCAGCAUCCUGGAUCAGACGAAAAAUCGAGCAGCGUUUCCAGUAUUUUGGCACCGUGUCCUGUUUAAAUCUGUACCCAGUAAAAGGAUGUCACGCUACACGUGUAAAGAAGGCGAAGUGUGGACCACGAGGGCUGGAAGUUGGCGGGGUAAUGGACAGGUGCAUUAUGGUUGUAGAUCGACAGACAGGCAUUGGACAGUAUAUGAGACACUUUCCAAAGAUGACCUUUAUAAAUAUUACAGUGGAGGGAGAGUCGGUUGUCUUGGAUGCCCCUGGAAUGGAAUCUCUGAUUCUACCGCACAGCCCAGACAGAAACUGUACAAAGUUCCUCUGCGAGAUACACGCGUGUAAGCUUUUGGUUCGAGACUUUGGUGACAAAGCUAGUGCAUGGAUCGGCAAAUACCUCGGCAACGACAAUCUGAGACUCGUGUAUUUCCUGGAAAAUAACAACAGAUUAACCAUAGAAACGGAGAACAAUCGUCGACAGGGAAACAUCCAAAUCUCACAAGAGGAUAAAAUAUCGUUUUCAUGUGUCUCCUCCUAUUUACUGGGGAACGAAAGGACCUUAGAAGAAAUCUCCAGGCGGACCACGGAGCCAGUCAAGAUGGACAACUUCAGACCUAAUAUCGUUAUUGAUGGUCUGAGGCCCUUUGAGGAGGACACGUGGUCUCAGAUACGCAUUGGAGAGGACACUAUUUUUCGCUGUCAGGAACCUUGUAAGAGAUGUAUGGUAACAACCAUAGACCCAGUUACUGCAGAGAGAAGCCAGAGAAACGAGCCACUGAAAACUCUUAAAACAUAUAAAGAGGAAGUGGGCGGGGUCCCCACCAGUUUUGGUGUAUAUGCCGCCGUGGAGUCAGGAGGGGAGAUUCACGUGGGGGACCAAGUCUACGUCCUUAAGUGAUGUUGGAAAGAAUUUAAAAUAUUUUUGAGGGCAUUAUGUUGUGUUUUUUUUUUUU